ACGCUGCCCCUCGGCUCGGCGAGGCGUCCAGAGACCAGCGUGCCCCCCACCACCCACCGCCUCCGCCCCCUCCCCUCCGGGCUAGCCUCGACCCCUCCCCGGCGGGACCGGGAGAGGAGGAGCCAGGACCGGGCCGGAGGAGGGGGCGGCGAGGAGGAAGGCCCGGCGGGGGUGGGAGGUGGGGGGGCCGCCUAGUCUGCGGGUCGCGGUGCGGGGCCCGCGGGGGCCCGGGCGCCCUCGGGCGGCGGAAGCCGGGCGCGCCCCUCGCCAGGCCGGGAUCGGGGCGGGGCGCGCGGCAUCCACGCGGGGGGAGCCGGUCAGCCGGUCUCGCCGCCGCCACCAAAGUUUCCUGGAGGAGCCGCGGCCGCCCUUCCUUCCCCGGCCCCGGGCGCGGGGGCGCCCCUCGGGCGAGAACUGUUUCCGAGGGCGACAGGGCCCGCUCUCCGGCUAGACCCCGCGCCUCCAUUGCGCCCAACUCGGAUUCCCAACUUGGGAGGCGCCGCGGGCCUGCGCACGCGCGCCUUCCUCGCCGCCGCCGCCGCCGCCGCCGCCUCCUCCUCCUCCUCCUCCUCCUCCCGCCCGGGAGCAGGCUCCGGGCCGAGCCGCGCGCCGAGACUCGCCCCCCGCGCGCCGCCCUCCGGCUCGCGGUCCGCCGCCCCCGCCCAUGCGGACGCCGGCCGGCCGCCCGGUGCGCCCUCGUCCGAGGGCCGGCUGAGCGCGGACCGCCGGCGGCGGCGCGAGGUGGGCCCGGCCCGGCGCUGCCCUCGGCAGCGGCAAGUUUGGGAGUUGCACUAGUUUGCGGGGUGGGGGAGAGGCCGGGCGGGGCGCCAUGGAGGAGGACCGGGGGUCGUCGCUGGCGGCCGAGUCGGCGCUGGAGAAGAACGUGGCGGAGCUGACCGUCAUGGACGUGUACGACAUCGCGUCGCUCGUGGGCCACGAGUUCGAGCGGGUCAUCGACCAGCACGGCUGCGAGGCCAUCGCGCGCCUCAUGCCCAAGGUCGUGCGUGUCCUGGAGAUCCUGGAGGUGCUGGUCAGCCGCCACCACGUCGCGCCUGAGCUGGACGAGCUGCGCCUGGAGCUGGACCGCCUGCGUCUGGAAAGGAUGGACCGCAUCGAGAAGGAGCGCAAGCACCAGAAGGAGUUGGAGCUGGUGGAGGACGUGUGGCGGGGGGAGGCACAGGACCUCCUUUCUCAGAUCGCCCAGCUGCAGGAGGAGAACAAGCAGCUCAUGACCAACCUCUCGCACAAAGAUACCAGCUUCUCUGAGGAGGAGUUCCAGAAGCACGAAGGCAUGUCAGAGCGUGAGCGGCAAGUGAUGAAGAAGCUGAAGGAGGUGGUGGACAAGCAACGCGACGAGAUCCGUGCCAAGGACAGGGAGCUCGGUCUGAAGAAUGAGGAUGUGGAGGCUCUGCAACAACAGCAGACCCGGUUGAUGAAGAUCAACCAUGACCUCCGGCACCGUGUCACAGUGGUGGAGGCCCAGGGGAAGGCCCUGAUUGAACAGAAGGUAGAACUAGAGGCAGAUCUGCAAACCAAGGAACAGGAGAUGGGCAGCCUACGGGCAGAGCUCGGGAAGCUGCGAGAGAGGCUGCAGGGCGAACUCAGCCAGAAUGGAGGGGAGGAGCCCGAGCCCCUGGCCGCCACGAAGCUAUUUUCUGUCUCUACGGAUUUGCCUGCUGCAGACAUUUCAGGGAAACGGAGUCGUGGGACAUGUGGUCCUGACCAGCUUCUUCGCUCAGUGUUUUCUCACUCAUCCAGCUCCUCAUGUUUUCACAUGGAAGCUUCCUGCCUUUCACAGACGGAGCUGGGCGGGGAGGAGUGUGCCUCGGAGGCGGAGAAGGUGGCCAUGGAUCUCAAGGACCCCAACCGCCCCCGGUUCACGCUGCAGGAGCUGCGGGAUGUACUACACGAGAGGAACGAACUCAAGUCCAAAGUGUUUCUGUUGCAGGAGGAGCUGACGUACUACAAGAGUGAAGAAAUAGAAGAGGAAAAUCGAAUACCCCAACCUCCACCGGUCGUCCACCCGAGAAUGUCCCCCCAGCCGGAGUCUGGGAUCAAGCGACUGAUCUUUACAGCCAUAAUGCCCAUGGUAGCAGCUGGACUGAUAAUAGAUGACCCCACACUGCAGCCCGUCCGAAGACUUGUUCCCCUUGUUUAGCUUCUUCUCCCGAGACAAGAAGCGUCUGGCCAACACGCAGAGGAACGUGCACAUCCAGGAGUCCUUUGGCCAGUGGGCCAACUCCCACCGUGAUGACGGUUACACGGAGCAAGGACAGGAAGCCCUGCAGCACCUGUGACCACAGCCCCCCUCUGCCCUCGGACCAGAACUGUCCCCCGCCAGCACCUGCAGCGGAACCUGGCAGCCCCAGGUGUCACGACCUUGCACACCUCUGGGUUCAGAUGCACCCUCAGAACUGAUCCCUCAAAACAGACUGUCUGCUUUGAGGAAAGCACACCGAAAAACUGAUGCCAAACUCUAAAGACAUGUUUAUUUAUACCCAGGGCUAUCACCGUUUAUAAUAGAUGACUGAUCCCUUAGGAUAUAUAUUUAAUAAUACCAUGAGCAGAGGCCAGACUUUUGCAUUAACUUCAGUAACACAAGCUUCUUUAAGCCAAAUACAUCACAUGCCACUAUAAUUGCUGUUUGACUUGCUUUGUAUGAAAUUCUGUGUGUAGAGGUUUUAUUAACACAUUUGUCAUACUUAAGUGGGAGGCAGGGAAGUGGUAGAUUUUCAGUAGAUCAUACAUGAAAUUGUCAUGGUGGUAGCAUAAUAUAUAAGAUGCAUCCGUUAGAUAAGCGGGGCCUCCGAAGUCACCAGACAAGCUGGCCCCGAUUAGAUGCGAAGCAACAGAAAAUAUGGACGACAGUCCAGCGCAGAAACUGGAGAUGACUUGCAAGAGCCGGUGGUUCUAUUUUGCAUCUUGUUACUGAUACUGCCUGGAGCAUGUAGCGAGCGAGUGCCUUGGAAUCAGCUGUGAGUUCUGCAGUACGAACCAGAGUUGCUAAGGAUAAGACAUUGCAACCUUUCCCAUUUGUAAUUUUUUCCCCUUGGCUUCUUUCUUCCUUUUAGCCUUCCAUAUAUCAAACACUUAGUCCCCUAUUAAGACAAGUGUACCAGAGCGGAUUUGGAAUGGGGUGGGGGAGCCUAGGGGAUGCAGGACUGGGGAGGAGGCCGGGAGGCUCGCCAGUGCAAGGGCAGUGGGUGAAGAGAUUGCUUGGGGACCGCAUGUCGGGCUGACUCAUGGGGCUGUGGUGGCAGACAGAGGGCCAGAAGCCUGCAUCUGGUGAGCUGGGGUUUUGCCGAAACAGCACCGUCUCUCUACCCACAGAGAACCCAGGGCACAGGCUGGGUGCUGACAGAUUGAGAGAGGUAGCAUUUGCUAACAACACUCAAGUACGUCUGACGGGUCCACUAUCUACACAUUGCUAAGAAACCAUCAGGUUGGUUUAGAGUCGACGGGGACUCUGUUUCCAGACUGCUGAAAGUAACGACCAGACAGGAUAAUGUUGCUUUUGCACAGUGGUUCUCAAACCUGACUGCCCACAAGAAUUAUCAGUUGAUUCUGAGAGUAUAAAAGCAGGUGUAUGAAGGAACCCCCCUCCCCCUGGCCAACUUUAGCUGCCCUUUCCCCAGGAGUAACCAGUGUUGCCAGUUUCUUGAGUGUCUUUUUUGAAAGAGCUUAUAAAUAUACAUGCAGUUAUGUAACAAAAUGUAUUUUUUCCUUUUUUUUUAAACAUAAAUGGCAGCAUACUAUA